CGUUAGAGUACUGUAAGCGGAAAUGGAACAUGUUCUCGACGGUGCUGGGGGUAGCGUCCGUGAAGGAUAUGUCGUGGCGCUGACGCCGCGACCGAGCCUCAUGUCGAUGCAUGAUCAUGAUACAGACAAAGACGGGAUGCACGUGGAGACGACGGAGGCAAGUCCGAGCAAGUGUCGCCAAUGGUGUUCGAAUCCAAGCGUGCUCAUCCUCAUGGGAUGUGUGUUGGGUAUCGUCCUCGGGUGUCUCUUGGGAAAAUAUGGAGCGUCCAAGGAAUUGCUCACGUGGGUGUCGUUGCCUGGCGAACUGUUCCUUCGUGCACUCACAUGUGUCGUGGUGCCCCUGGUGUUUGUGAACAUCUUCCUCUCUGUUGUCGACAUGCUGCAAGCCGGCCAUGCCGCCAAGAGCGGGCUCUACACCCUCGGAUACUUUGGGCUCACCACAGUUCUCUCCGUUCUCAUGAGCAUCGUGUCCGUGACUGUCUUCAAGAAGUGGUUUUCCCACACCGCACUUUCCCAGGCGAACGUCGUUGGGAGUGCCGGUAUGCUGCUCGUGCCGUGCGGCAACUCAACCAACGCAGCGUCGGUCCGGUGGUUUCCCAACGGCACACUGGUGUGCGCCGCGGCCUCUGACGCGUCCUCCCCUCUCGUCCUUCCCUCGCAAUCCCCUACCGCCCCGCCGACGCUUUCCAAGACGAUCCAAGAUCAAAUCUUUCGCGCGCUCAUCCCCGACAACAUUGUGCAGCAGUUUGUGACGGGCAACUACCUCGGUAUCAUGGCAUUUGCGAUUCUGUUGGCCGUGUCCAUGGACAAAGUGACGCCGCGCCCGGUCGGCAUCGUCCAGCUCUGUGGAGAACUCAACGCGAUGCUGCUCGUGUGUAUCCGCUUUAUCAUCGACCUCACCCCCCUCGCCGUGCUUUCGCUCGUGGCCGGCGGCCUCGGCACUACCACCGACUUCAUGGCGGCCGUGGCGGAUGUCGGCAUCUUUCUCGUGUCGUUUCUUGUGGCGGUGAUGCUUCACUACUGGGUCACCCUCAUGGGUUUCUUAUACCUGGCGCUCCGGACAUCCCCGCUCCAAGCCAUGAAAGCAUGCUGGCCGGCCCAAGUGUUUGCAUUUUGCAGCGCCAGCUCCGCCGCCACCCUGCCCGUGACGCUCCAGUGCGGCGAACAAGCCCAUGUCCCAUCCAGCGUCGGAUCAUUCAUCCUCACCAUGGGGGCCACGUUGAACAUGAACGGCACGUCCAUCUACUUUCCGUGCGCCGUCGUGUAUCUGGCCGUGUCGACAGGCGACGAAGCCAAGUUUACAGUCGUGUCGUACAUUUUGCUGGCGCUGCUGAGCACCAUGUCGGCGGCAGCGGCGGCCCCCGUCCCGUCGGCCGCGCUCGUGCUUGUGUUGCCCAUGUUUAACGCCGUCUGUGGCACGACGAAUGCACCGACGCCAGCCAACUUUUCGUACUUGCUGGCGAUGGAUUUCCUGCUGGAUCGGUUCCGCACGUGGCUCAAUGUGUCGGGGGACCUUGUGGUGGCGCAAUGCGUGGCGGCGAUGGAGAAGCAAGCGAUGCCGCCGAGGCGGGUGUCGUCGUCGACGGACCCCGAAGAAGGAGACUCGAGUUUGAGCUCUCCGUAGACAGAUCUGCCAACUACUAUUUACAACUACUAACGUUACUAUUAAAGAAACCCAUGGGAUUGCAUGGAUCAUUAUGCUUGCCAA